ACCAGAAAGGAGCAGGCAGGCAGGAGGGUCUGAACCCCUCGGGUCCUCCAGCCAUGAGGCUCCUCUGGGGUCUGAUCUGGGCAUCUGGCUUCUUCGCCUUGUCUCUGCAGAAGCCCAGGUUGCUCCUGUUUUCUCCUUCUGUGGUUCGCAUAGGGGUCCCCCUGUCUGUGGCCGUGAAACUCCAGGAUGCUCCUUCAGGACAGGUGGUGAGAGGAUCCGUGUUCCUGAGGAACCCAUCCCACGUUAAUGAGCUCUGCUCCCCGAAGUUGGAUUUAAGCCUCAGCGCAGACUUCAUACUCCUCAACCUCCCGAUCCCCCAGGAACGGGCCAGGAUCUGUCGCCUCCAUCUCCUCCGCGGAGCCCCCGAGGUCCAGCUGAUGGUGCAGUCAUCAUGGCUAAGGGACUCUCUGUCCAAACAGACAGACAUGCAGGGUGUCAACCUGCUGUUCUCCUCUCGCCUUGGGCACCUCUUUCUGCAGACUGACCAGCCCGUUUAUAACCCUGGCCAGCGGGUUCUCUACCGAGUCUUUGCUCUGGAUCAGAAGAUGCACCUGGCCACUGACAUCCUCAUGGUUACGGUGGAGAACUCUCAAGGCUUCCGCGUGCAGAAAAGGGAAGUGGUUGCUCCCUCCUCCAUCUUCCAGGACAACUUUGUGAUCCCAGACAUCUCAGAGCCAGUGACGUGAAAAAUUUCAGCCCAAUUUUCUCACAGCCUGGAUUCCAAUAGCAGCACCCAGUUUGAGGUGAAGAAAUAUGUUCUUCCCAACUUUGAGGUGAAGAUCAUUCCUGAAAACCCCUGCAUCCUGACGACACCUGGCUUUCUUAGUGACAUCCAAGUGAUCAUCCAGGCCAGGUACAUCUACGGGAAGCCAGUGCAGGGGGUGGCAUAUGUGCGCUUUGGGCUCCUGGGUGAGGAUGGCGAAAAGACUUUCCUGCGGGGCCUGGAGAGUCAGACCAAGCUGGUGGAUGGCCAGUGCCAAAUUUCCCUCCAAAAGGCUGAGUUUCAGGGUGUGCUAGAGAAGCUUCAUAUUAGCAUUAAUGACCUCCCAGGACUGUGCCUCUAUAUCGCGGCAGCUGUUAUUGAGUCUCCAGGUGAGAAGAAAGAUGAAGGAGCAGAGCUCACAUCCUCGCAUUUCGUGUCAUCUCCUUUCUCCUUGUAUCUAAGCAAAACCAAGCAGCAGCUUAUACCUGGGGUCCCCUUCCUGCUGCAGGCCCUGGUCUGUGACAUGUCAGGCUCCCCAGCCUCUGGCAUCCCCGUCAAAGUGUCUGCUAAGUUGUUUUCUGGAUCGACUUCUAAAAACGAAGACUUUGAACGGAACACAGAUGGGAGCGGCCAAGUCAUUGUUUCCAUUGGUGUUCCUCCGACCAUCUCAGAAGUGCAGCUCUCAGUGUCUGCAGGCUCCCCACACCCUGCUGUAGGCCGUCUCACCGUGAAAGCCCCCCUGUCCAGAAGCUCUGGGUUUCUGUCCAUUGAGUGGCAGAAUCCUCGACCUCUUAAAGUUGGAGAGACCCUUAACCUAAACCUGCAGGCCGUGGGCAUCAGUGGGAGCUUCUCACACUUCUACUACAUGAUCCUGUCCCGGGGCCAGAUCGUGUCUGUCCAUCGAGAGCCCAGGAGACACCUGACCUCCAUCUCCGUGUUUGUGGACCAUCACCUGGUGCCCUACUUCCACCUCAUGGCCUUCUACUAUCAUGUGGGUGUCCCGGUGGCCAACUCCCUGCGAGUGGAUGUCCAGGCUGGAACCUGUGAGGGGAAGCUGGAGCUGAACGUGGACAGUUCCAAGGCGUAUCGUCCUGGGGACACUGUAAAACUCACCCUGCAAACAGAGUCUCGAGCCCUGGUGGCCCUGGGAGCUGUGGACACGGCACUGUAUGCUGUGGGUGGCAAGUCCCACAAACCCCUCGACAUGGUCAAGGUCUUCAAAGCUAUGAACAGCUAUAACCUUGGCUGUGGUCCUGGUGGAGGAGAUAGUGCCCCACAAGUGUUCAAGGCAGCUGGUCUGGCCUUUUCUGAUGGUGACCAUCGGACUGAAAUCAGAAAAAGUGAGGACAGAGGAGGAAGGGGAGUGGGUAGUGGGAAGAAAAAGAAGGGCGUGUUCCAUGAAUUCCACAUGCACCUCCGCCUGCCGCACUCUGUCCGCUGCUUUGAGCAGCUCUCACCAGUCCUCUACAACUACCUGGAUAGAGAUCUGACCGUGAGCGUCCACAUGUCCCCAGUGGAGGGGCUGUGCCUGGCCGGGGGCGGAGGGCUCGCCCAGCAGGUGCAGGUGCCCGCAGGUUCUGCCCGGCCCGUUGGCUCCUCUGUGGUGCCCAUCACAGCUGCUGCCGUGUCCCUGAAGGUGGUGGCUCGAGGAUCCUUAGAUUUCCCUGUGGGGGAUGCAAUAUCUAAGAUUCUACAUGUCGAGAGAGAAGGGGCCAUUCACAGGGAGGAGAUGGUCUAUGAACUCAACCCCCUGGACCCCCGAGGCCGGACCUUGGAAAUUCCUGGCAACUCUGAUCCCAAUAUUAUCCCUGAAGGAGAUUUCAAGAGUGUCGUCAGAGUCACAGCCUCGGAUCCGCUGGAAGCUUUGGGCUCUGAGGGGGCCUUGUCACCAGGAGGCGUGGCCUCCCUCCUGAGGCUUCCCCAAGGCUGCGGGGAACAAACCAUGACCCUGUUGGCUCCAACACUGGCUGCUUCCCGCUACCUGGACAAGACCGAGCAGUGGAGCAUGCUGCCCCCUGAGACCAAGGACCGCGCCGUGGAUCUCAUCCAGAAAGGCUACAUGCGGAUCCAGGAGUUUCGAAAAAGAGAUGGUUCCUAUGGGGCUUGGUUACAUCGGGACAGUAGCACCUGGCUCACGGCCUUUGUGCUGAAGAUACUGAGCUUGGCCCAGGAUCAGGUAGGCGGCUCUCCAGAAAAGCUGCAGGAGACGGCCAUGUGGCUGCUGUCGCAGCAACAGGAUGAUGGCUCAUUCCACGACCCCUGUCCUGUUAUCCACAGGGAGAUGCAGGGAGGCUUAGUGGGAAGCAAUGAGACUGUGGCGCUCACAGCCUUCGUGGUCAUCGCCCUUCACCACGGGCUGGCAGUCUUCCCAGACAAGAAUUCAGAGCAGUUGAGGAGAGUGGAAAAUUCCAUCUCAAGAGCAAACACCUUCUUGGGGGCGAAAGAAACUUCUGGGCUCCUGGGCUCCCAUGCCUCCGCCAUCACGGCCUAUGCCCUGUCGCUGACUGAGGCCCCCAAGGACCUGCAGAGUGUUGCCCACAACAACCUCAUGGCCAUGGCCCAGGACAUUGGUGAUAAGCUGUACUGGGGCUCAGUCACCACUUCUCCAAGCAACGUCCUGUCACCCACUCUGGCUCCUCGCAGCCCAGCAGACCCCAUUCCCCAGGUUCCAGCCAUGUCUAUUGAAACCACGGCCUAUGGCCUGUUACACCUGCUGCUAUGGGAGGGCAAGGCUGAAUUGGCUGACCAGGCUGCAUCCUGGCUGAGCCGCCAGGGCAGCUUCCAAGGGGGAUUCCGAAGCACCCAGGACACUGUUAUGGCUCUAGAUGCCCUGUCUGCAUACUGGAUCGCGUCCCACACCACUGAGGAGAAGGGGCUCAACGUGACCCUCAGCUCCUUGGGCCGCAGUGGGCUCAAGUCCCACGUGUUACAGCUGACUAAUCACCAAGUUCACAGGCUGGAGGAGGAGCUGCAGUUUUCCCUGGGAAGCAAGAUUAACGUGGAGGUGGGAGGAAACAGCAAAGGAACGUUGAAGGUUCUUCGCAGCUACAAUGUCAUGGACAUGACGAACACGACCUGCCAGGAUCUUCAGAUUGAAGUGACGGUCAUGGGCCACGUCGAGUACAUGAUGGAGGCUGAGGAGGACUACCAGGAAUACGAGUAUGAGGACUCUCCAGCGGGGGAUGACCCCAAGGCCCACUCCCAGCCCGUGACACCCCUAAACCUGUUUGAGAAGUGGAGGAACUGCUGUAAAACAGAUGCCGCCAAGGUGGCUAAGGAACUGGAAUCCAGGGUGCAUCCAGUAAACCCUGGGGUGGCUCUGGGCCUGUGGGUGCUGCUGGGAUGAGAGAGGGACGCAGGG